AAUAACGAGAGGGAGAAGCUACAGAUCUUUAUCAAAUCGGUUGAAUCAGACUCAGUAUUACUCCGAGCAGCAUGGCAUCUUCUAACGAAAGCAUUGGCGUCAACUGUACAACAGAGUUUGCAGCUUAUCCGUUGGUGGGACAGACAGGCUGGGGCGUUUGUACGCUAAAGGCUCCUUUUUACGAGCCUGAAUCAAGAGCUCCCGUUGAUAUUGUUGCAGUCAUUGAUAAGAGCGGCUCCAUGCACGGGGAAAAACUUGACCUGGUCAAGGAGACUCUUGAAUUUGUCAUUGAUCAAUUAAAGGACACUGAUAGACUCUCUGUUGUCACUUAUGAUACAAAUGUUAAAGUCGACUUUGGACUCACGACCAUGAAUCAAGAGAACAAGGAACGGAGCAAAGUGACUGUAAAGGCCAUACGUGAUGGCUCGUCCACAAACCUUUGUGGAGGUCUUCUGAAAGGCAUGGAGCAAAUUAUUGGGCGUACAGGGACAAAAGCUCAAGUAGCAUCAGUUCUUCUACUUACCGAUGGCCUGGCUAACGUCGGCAUCUCAAAUCGUGAAGGAAUAAUGGAGGAGAUGAGGAAAGUCCUUGAUCCUAAGCCAGGGAAUACGCCAUUUGAUGGGACCAUUUAUACUUUUGGUUUCGGUUCUGAUCACGAUGCACGUCUGUUGGAAUCAGUCUCAACUCAAGGAGGUGGGGUAUACUACUACAUCGAUUCAGCUGAGAAGAUUCCAGAGUCAUUUGCUGAUUGCCUGGGUGGCCUGCUCAGUGUAAUGGGACAGAACCUAACUCUUAAACUGGAGGCUGGAGAAAACACCAGCAUUCUCAAUGUUCACACAAACAAACCUACCACUUGGAAAACAAAAGGAAAAUGUUGUGAGAUAACAAUGGGUGACCUCCAGUCUGAAGAGGAGAGGGACAUUCUGUUAGAAUUACAACUCCCGGCUGUAGCUGACAUGAGCCAACAAGGAAUUAUUGGGAAACUCUCGUACUUUAACGUAAUUAAUUCAAAGCCUGAUGAAGUGAACUUCACAAUGACCUUUGAAAGAAACAAUGGUCCUAGAGGUGAAGCCAGCAAGAAACUUGAUUCACAGAGGAACAGGAUCAUAGCUACUACAGCACUCAAGGAAGCAAGAUCACUGGCUGAUCAAGGGAACUACUCUGAAGCUAAGAAAGUCCUCGAGGCUGCUACUAAGAAGAUCAGUGAAUCGGUAUCAGUUGGAGAGCAGUUUUGCCAGGGUCUUCUAAGUGACUUAACAAACGCUGCAGAUACCAUGAGGUCUCAGCAUGAAUACAAGUCAAAGGGAGCACAUUAUCUAAUGAGCAAGAUGCAAACUCAUUCUGCUCAGAGGAGCAAUUACCUGAGUGAAGAAACUCCUUACAGUAAUACUUCCAGAGGCAUCUUUGUUGCAAAAUCAAAGGCAAUGAAGAAGAAAUAGAAAUAAACUAAAACUAAUAAUAAUAAUAAUAAUAAUAAUAAUAAUAAUAAUAAUAAUUAGAAAAUGGUAUCAUUUGGCUACUACAGUUAUAUUUUUAUAUUUUUUGUGAUCAUGUAUUUUUCUAUUGUAGCAAAAA